AUGGUUCAAUCGGCAGGAACAGUACAUUUCGAUCAAUCAGAACCUUUAGUGUUUUACUACGAGUCAUUCGAACAUAACUACCCAGAAACCGGAAGUAAUAACAAUAAUAAUAAUAUAAACAAAAAAAGCUUUAUAAAACAAAACUUCGAAAACGAAGGAGAUCUAACAUUUGUAGAUCCAUACUCUGAUUUAGAAAGCCAACAAGUUUACGAUCAAAAGUCUUAUAAUUACAGGGAUUCCACAGAUCCGAGUAAUAAACAGGAUCUAAAUGAGACGUUUUCCUCGGUUUAUAAUACCGACGACAAUCAUAGCCCUGUUUUUAUCAGCACUGGUAGCAGUAGUGUUGUCCCUGAUCCUGAUGCCAGUCUAAAAAAUGGAGUAAAAUCAGAAAAUAGCCCAAAAAAAGAAACAAACGGAACUGAACCAGUAUCAGAAGAAAAGGUAACUAACGCUACAUACUUUUAUAAAAUUUUGUUCCACCUAAUUGAUAUUGCGUCGGAUGGAAGCCGCUUUAAAUGUUGCAAAAAGUCCAUGGUUAACCCAUGUGAACCAUGCAAGGUGGUAGAAAAACUAAUAUACACAUAUUUCGAUCUCACGACACUGGAAGAUGUAAUUGCAGAGAGAUCGAAAAAUGGAAUCUGCGGAUAUAUAUACUGUUGCAACCAAAUAAAGAAAAGCACCGGCGAAUCCAAGUACAAAAUCGAUGUGGCCUCAAAUAGUAUAUAUGAAAGAGAAGAAUGUGAUUCAUUCUGCUCAACAAAUUGUCUAGAUGAUAACGAGAAGGUGAACGCCAAGGUUUCGCUGUCGCCAGUUGAACUCGGAACGUUCACCCCAAGAGCAAUGAGAAACGCAAAUAAUGAAAGUUUAAAGAAAUUGUACGAAAAUGUUUUUAGUCUCAGGAAAUGCUUUGGAUUACCUAAAAAUUUUAAUGUUAACAAUAUUGUAACAGCCAGUACCAUAGAUUUAGGAACCCAGGGUCCAAAUUCACAGGAUACUGAUACUAAACAUAAAGAAAGUGACCAAAUGGUGUUAGACACAAAUAAAGACGAGGAAAACAAGAAUAAAUCUAAAUUUGAUGGGGAAUCAAAGAAACCUAAAGACGAUAAGAGACAGAGAAUUGAUACAUUUGAAAUAUUUGAGGACUUCGACUCGGCAGAUGAAAUGACUGAACCGCCAAUGUCAGAAGCAAACGUAAAAUUUUAUAAAAAUCCAGAAAAACUCGUUUCAAUUUAUAAACCAUCGCCUUAUAAUACCGAUUUAGCAGAUAAUACAACAAGUACGAGGUCAUUCGAUCAAGAGAGUCUGGAUCUUUCAGAAAGUGAAGACUUCCCAGAAGACGAGUACCUGGGGAUUUUCUCAUGGUUGUGGUACGUUCUGAGUAAUUUCAUUACAAAUAAAACGCGCGAUUUCCUCAACUCUGGAAUAAUAAGCCAAAAUCGCCAUAAUGAAAAUUUUGAUGAUUUGUAUAAACAGUGCCUGAAAGGGAUACCAAACAACCUUCUUGAUACACUAAAGACACACAUACAGAACAUAUUGUCAACAUUUAAACCAGCCAAGAAUAAUCUACUCAAUACUAAGAUAAUAGAACCGUUGGCAUAUACAAUUAAGUAUGUGAUACUAAAAAAUCGCCACCACUUACCUCUCAAUUAUAACUCAAAUUUGUCUAAUAAUUCGAACGAAGCCAGUACAAAUCAGCCACAGCAAGACCAGAUUGUGUUUGAAGAACCAGAACAAAACAAUAAUAUAAUUUGUAAUGAAGAGCUGAAAGAAGCAGAUUAUCAAAUAAUGUUGCAAGAUGUAAACAAUGUUUUAAAUAAUCGAUUCCUACUCGACCAAGAGUCAAUAGAUAUACUGUCUGAGCUUUUCCUGGAACCUUGA